GCUGUGCUUCUCUCCCCCUCUUGUUUCUCUUGUUCGUGUGAGGGGGGUCGCUUUGUUAUUUCCACGGCGCCUGCCUAGCCGUGGCUAGCCUGCUGCUACUACUAGCUAACGUCAAAACACAGCAGAAACAGUUGGACAUCUGUCAAUGUGGAGGAGUCAGCGCGCAGUAAAGUAACGGCUAUCCGUCGCCACGGCAACCGUUCCCUGGACUGGCAGCUGGUAUUCCAGUUAGUUGGGUUUUUAUUAAGCGUUAGCUAGACGUCUCAUCGCCGAGCUGCAGCCAUCUAUCUAAUGCUUUUGGACCGACAUUAUCAGCUGAGUGGCUUCUCUGUCGAGUUCUUCCGACGUUUUACCGAGUUUAAAUGUAAAAGGCUGUUUGGAUUAAGCAACAGAUUCGACACAGAAUUUCCCUCUGUUCUCACAGGGAAGGUAGCACCAGAGGAAUUCAAAACCAGCAUCGGCAGAGUGAACGCCUGCUUAAAGAAGAACCUGCCAGUGAAUGUGAAGUGGCUUCUCUGCGGCUGUUUGUGCUGCUGCUGCACGGUGGGCUGCAGUCUGUGGCCCGUCAUCUGCCUCAACAAGAGAACAAGACGGUCAAUCCAGAAGCUGUUAGAGUGGGAAAAUAACCGAUUAUACCACAAGCUUGGCCUGCACUGGAAGCUCAGCAAGAGAAAAUGUGAAAGCAGCAACAUGAUGGAAUAUGUGAUUCUUAUAGAAUUCCUUCCUAAAUAUCCUAUAUUCCGACCGGACUGAGGAGAAUGUCAUCAGACCGGAUGGACGGCCCUUCAAUCUUAUCCUUAGUGCCUUCUUGAGCAUCGGGAUGAGCGAGGAGUUGUUCAUCCCCACCGUCGUAGCGCCGUUCACCGCCACGAUCUCAUCGCCACACCUGAAGAGAAACAGCCGCCGUUAACGCAGAAUCUGGAGAUUUCCUGGGUUUAGUGGUUGGGAUUUACCUCGGUAACCCCAGCCAGUGCGUCCACAGCGGCGUCCAGGUCUGGAUCUCGUCUCGCUGGUCGUCCAUGUGGUC